AUGGGUCAAAAAGAAAUAAACGUAUUCUAUUCUUGGUCAAAUUUGAUUUCUGUCCCAAAUGUUUUGAACCUUCACGUUGCCAGAUAUUUCAACACAGUUGAUAAUCAAUGGAAUGAUGACACCACGAUGAAUUUCAAGAACAUUCCUGUAUUCUUUGCACUGAUGUCUGUCAUCCAAAAACUCCAUGUAGCUAUUCGUUUGUCAAACGGUAUCAAUAAAUCAAAUAUAGAGAGAGAGAGAGAGAUGAAAAAGAAAGGAGAGAAGGAGAAAAAGAAGAAAGAAGCAAAUAAACUAAAAAAGGAAGAGAAAUUAAAAAAACAAAGAGAAAUAGAUGAUAGUCAAGAUUGGAGGACAAGGAAUGUUCAACUAGAGAAAAGUGAUGAAAUAAAAGAAGAAGAGCAGGAUAUAGAUAAUAAUAAAGGAAAUAGAGGAAAUGGAAGAGGAAAGAAAGGUGACAAAUCAAAGAGAAAAGGAAGUUAUACAGUUCCAAUGAGUCGUCAAACAAUAGAUAGUAUAUACAAUGUAAUAGAAGGAUCAUUAUUGGAUUUUGGAACAAGUGAUUACUUUGCAAUUGAUGGAGAUUCACUUUUAAUCUAUUUGUACAGUGUUUUGAUCAAUAGUAGUGACUCCUCAGAAGACUCAUCCUCCUCUGAUCAAAACAUUACACCACCAAGAAUAUUUGAAAAUAGAUUAUUGGAUCUCGAAAGAUGUCAAUCAUUGGUACUUUUCCAUUACUUUGAAUGGUUUUUAGAUCAUCUACUUCAUAGAGGUGUACGAUUUAGAGUAUUUUUUAUACUCAAAUUGGAUGGAUUCUAUCUAGACCAAACAUUAUUAUACAUUCGUAAUCUAUGUAUUGAAUACUAUUCAAAACAUUUUAAGCAAUAUCAAACUGAUGAUGAACACUUGAAAUCACAAUUUCCAAAUAGAGGAACUAUAGAUUUUGAUUUUAUUCCAACUAUAAGACAAAAACAUCUUGAACCUUAUUUUAAUCUUUAUAAUUUUUCAUGUUGUAUGAUUUAUUAUCCAAAUAAUAAAAUGGAAAUAGGAUUUAUUGAAACAUUGGUUGAUUUUGGUAUUUUGGCUGGAUUAAGAUUAAAUUAUGGACUAUUUUUUGGACAAUUUUUAAAUUUAAAUCAAUUAACAUUUAAAGGAAAUAAUGUUGUUGGAAAUAUCUUGACACCAAGAUUUGCAAGAACUACAGCACUUGAUAUAAAGAAAUUUAAACCAUUUAAACAAGUUAGACAACAAAUUCAAGAUUUAUUACAAUUAAAUCAUCCAUUUUUAAAAUCACCAAGAUCGAUUUUAUCAAUAUUGGCAUUCAAGAAUCAUUUGGCAGAUAUUAGUCUUGACGCCAAUGUAAUUAAAUAUUAUUGUAUUUAUCUUGGAUGUAUGGAUAUUUUACCAAUUGAAUUACGUAAAUCCUAUUUCCCACCAUUAGAUUAUUUCAACCAAACAACAACAACAACAACAACAACAACAACAACAACAACAACAACAACAACAAUGGAUGAAAAUGUUUUGAAUGAAACAGUAUCAGAUGAAAAUGUAUUGAACGAAAAAGUAUUGGAUGAUCAAGAAGAAUCUUCUCAAUCUCCUUCCCAAUCUUCUCAAUCUCCUUCUCAACCACCUCAUCCACAACCUCCUCUAACAUUUAAUUAUUUAAAGAAUAUUUUACCAUUUUUACAAGAGAUUGGUAGAUUUGGACAUUUAUAUUUGGAUCAAUUUAAAACUAUUGAAUUGGAUUUGAUAGAUUAUAAAUUAUUUUUCCAAACUAUAAUGAUGAUUGGUCAUUACUUUUCACUAAACCAACAAGAAUUGAUGGUUGAUCCAAGAUUAUUAUUUGGUAAAGAAAUUGUAUCAAGAGCAACCACUUUUUAUCAAUUAAUUCAUGGUGAAGAAUUUAUUAUCAAUGAUCAAGAAGAAGACUCAAAUAUCGAUGUAUUGAUAAUUGAAAGAUUAUCAUUACCAUUAUCAUUUAUAGAUCGUUGUGAAUUGGCAAUGAAAGAGAUUAAAAAGUUGACAAUUGAAAAUGAUAAUAGUCAUAUUGAAAUGUACAAGAUUAAUAGUGAUUUUAUUAAUCAAUUAAUACCAGAUUUAUUAAAUGAUCACAUUCAAAGUGAUUUGGUAUCAAAAGAUAAUAAUAAUAAGGAAAUGGCAGUUAAAACAUUUUAUGAUAAUUAUCAUUGGCAUAAUGGUAAAUCAAUUGACCCAAUGGAUUUUAUCAUUGUCAAUCGUAACAAUAGUUAUGAUAAAUGGAUCACCCAAAGUAAAUUUAAAUCUUUUACAAAUUCUUUAAUCGUAGAUCGAGUAGAGGAAAAAAUGGUAACUGGUGGACAAGGUGAAUAUUUAAUUUGGCAAUUGGAAAAUUUAAUCUUUAUCAUGAAACCAAAAGAGGAUUAUAAAAAAGAUCUAAAUCAAUUUAGAAAUAUUUUGGAAUCUUAUCAACAAGAAAGAGUUAAUCCUCUACCAAAAGAAUCACCAGAAUAUCAAGUAUUAUUUAAAAUGAUUCAAAGUUUUUUUAGAUUUUUAAAUCAUAAAUAUGGUAAUAAUAGUGGUAAUGUCGCAUGUUUACCAUUACCAAUUAGUGAAGAUUAUAUGGAAAUUGGAGGAUUAUUAUAUUUUCUUUCAAAUAGAGUAUUAAAUUGUUGGAAAUGGGCAAAUUUAAUUAGAAUCAUUUUUAAUCAACCAUCAACGUCGAGUCGUGAUCAAAUAGAACCAACCAAUUCUAUAUGUCCAAUAGAAUAUCAAAUGAAAUAUCUUGAUGAUAGAAUCAUUAGAAAUACAAAUUCAAAACAAGAUCCUCGUAUUAAAGAUUUUAAACCAGAUGAUUGGCAAAUUCAAUUAUUAGAUAUAGUUGAUAAAAAACAAUCUGCUUUAAUUUCAGCUCCUACUAGUUCAGGAAAAACAUUUAUAUCAUAUUAUAUAAUUGAAAAAAAUUUAAAAGAAUCUGAUAAUGGAAUUGUAGUUUAUGUUUCACCGACUAAAGCAUUGGUAAAUCAAACCUAUGCAAUGAUUGAGGGAAAAUAUAAAAAACAAUAUCCAAGCGGUUCCUCUAAAAAGACUGUUGGUAUAUUUACAAGAGAUUGGAGAUUAAAUGUACACAAUUGUCAAAUUCUCAUUACAGUUCCUCAAUGUUUGGAGAUUUUAUUAUUAUCUAUACAAAAUAUGGCAUUUAUACAUAAUAUUCGUUAUGUUAUAUUGGAUGAAGUUCAUUUAAUUGGAUCCAGUGGUGGUUAUACAUGGGAAAGAUGUCUCAUUAUGAACCCAGCUCCAUUUUUGGCACUAUCAGCUACCAUUUCAAAUUUACAACCAUUUUAUCAAUGGACUCAACAAUUGGAACCAACCAAAAGAGUAGUUCAUUUAAUUCAUCAACAUCUUCGAUACAAUGAAUUAAAAUCUUUUAUCUAUCAUCAAGAUCAAAUUCAACCAAUUCAUCCUGUUGGUGCUGUGAUUCAAGUUUUUAAACAAUCAAAAAAAACAUUGACCUAUUCAAUCUCUGAAAUUUCAAAAGAUUUACAAUUAAUUGGUCAAGAAUCUGUUGACCUAUUUUAUCAAUUGGGAAACAACAAGGUAGAAUCACCAUAUAUAUUUUUAUCAAAAUUACAACCAGAAGCCUCUAGAAAUCAAUUAUUAUUCAAUUUAAAUAAUCAAAAUAUUUUUGAUUAUCAAAAAUAUUUAUUAUCAAUUUUACCAACAUUACAACCUCUUCAAUUAAAAGGAUUAAAUGAUCAAUAUUCAAUACCAACAACAAUUAAAAAUCCUUCAAGAAAAGAUUUAUUUCAAAAUGUUGGAAAAGUCCUAUUAGAAUUUAAAAAACAAAAUCAAUUACCAAUUAUUAUAUUUUUAUUUGAUAGAAAUGGAUGUGAACAAUUAGCAAAAGUAGCAAUCGAACAAUUAAAAAAAGAAAUUCAAGAAAGAUAUAAAUUAAUUUCUAAACAAUUGGAAAAUGAAACAUUAAAUCAAAUUGAUAGAUAUUAUUUAGAAAUUGAAUUACAAGAGAUAAUAGAAAUGAUGUAUCAAUCAACAACCAAUUUUAGAGGACAAGAAAAUAUUAAAGGAAUGUUUAGUGAUUUUAACAAAAAGGAUAUUUAUCCAAAUGUUGAAAAUAAUUUAAUGUCUAGUGGUUUGAUGGAACCACUUUAUCAAGGUAUUGGUGUUCAUCAUUCUGGCUGUAACAAAAAUUAUCUUAGAAUGGUUGAAGAAAUGUUUAGAUUGAAAAAGAUUCAAAUUGUCAUUGCUACUGGAUCGUUGGCAUUGGGAAUUAAUAUGCCAUGUAAAAGUAUAUGUUUUUAUCAAGAUUCACCUUAUUUGAAUCAAAUGACCUAUAGACAAUGUGCAGGUAGAGCUGGUCGACGUGGAAUGGAAUCAAGAGGAAAUGUAAUCUUUUUACAUGUUGCAACGGAAAAGAUUAAAAGACUAUUGAAUGGAAAAUUACCAGACCUUUUGGGUAAUACAGUCAUUACACCAAGUCUUACACUUGGUCUAUUGGCUCGUUACAAUUUUUCAAAACACAUUUCCAAUCAACCAACCAAACAAACAGAAAUUGAUAUGAUUUCAACCAUGGCUAGGAAAUUGGUUCAACUUCCACUCUCCUUGUCACUGAGACAAUCGGUUGAAACUCAAUUUCAAAUUCAAUUUUCAGUUGAUUAUCUUUAUCGUGAAGGUUUUAUUGAUGGUCUUGGUAAUGCUCUCAAUUUAUCUGGUAUUAUAACUCAUCUUUCUUAUUUGGAACCAGCCAAUUUUCUUAUUGCCACCCUUAUCAAAGAUGGUGUAUUUAAUGAUUUAUCAAUGGUAGAUGAAGGUACUGUCAUUAUUAAUACAUUGGCUCGUGUAUUUUGUGUUGAAACACCAAAAGGUACAACUUCUCCAAAAUUCAGCUCUCUUUAUUUCAAAUCUAUUCCAGAUUCUGUUAUAAAAUCAAUUCAAGAUCAUAAUCAAAGGGCUAUUCCUGCUUUUUUGGCUUAUAUUAAAUUUUUUAGAGAAAAACAUCAAUCUAAAAAAUAUCAAUAUUUAUCAGAUUUUGAAACCAUCCUAGUAGAGGAGGAAAAGGAGGAAAAGGAAAAUUUAGAUUCUAUAAAAUGUUGGAAAAAUCAAACCGAUGGAUUAUUAUCAAAAAAUAAUAGUGUUAGAUAUGGAUUAUCAAGUUUAAAAGGUUUAAAUAAUGAUUGUCAUUCGAUCCAAGAUAUUAGUUUUCAUAUACCAUCGAAAACACUUUUCGAUUUAUCAACCAUUCCCAUUACAACUCGUAUCAACAAGAAAAUCAAUACCUAUAUUAUGGAUUUCUAUCAAAAUGGUGAUUUUAAUAGUUUACUAGCAAAUAGUGGUAUCAUUGCAAGUGAUUUGAUUUCCAAAUUAAAGGAUUUCUCUCUUGUACUUCGUACCAUUGCCAUUGCUCUUGACCAAAUGGAUCCCAAUCAUUCUUGUUCACAAUCUUUUAUGCGUGUAUCUCAAAGAUUUUUGGAUCGUUACACCUAUUGCUUUCCAAAUGAUUUUGAUACUAGUAAAAUAGAAUUAAAAAUUAAAGAAAGAAAAGAAAAAAGACAAUUAAAAGUAAAAGAAAAAGAAAAUGAAAAAGAAAAAGGAAAAGGAAAAGGAAAAGAAAGACAGUUUGGGAAAAAGGAGGUUCAAAAGGAAUUUAAAAAAUUGGAUCUAAAUCCUACCAAUUUUAAUUAUUCAGAUGAAAUCAUUUUAUUUAAUGGUAAUGAUAACAUUGAUAAUGAUAAAAAACCAAUUAAUAAUAAUAAUAAUAAUAUAUCAACAACAACAACAAUGACAACUACUACUAUAAAUACUGGUAAAUCAAGAUUAUAUUGGCCUUGUUUUUCUAUUGAAGAUAAUUAA